GCCUACAAGAGGGAGGCUGUACUUGAUCUGGUAUUGGGAAAUGAACCUGGUCAGGUGUCAGGUCUCUCAGUGGGAUAGUAUUUUGGAGAUAGUGAUCACAACUCUACCUCCUUUACCAUAGCAUUGGAGAUGGAUAGGAACAGACAAGUUAGGGAAGUGUUUAAUUGGAGUAAGGGGAAAUAUGAGGCGAUCAGGCAGGAACUUGGAACCAUAAAUUGGAAACAGAUGUUCUCAGGGAAACGUAUGGAAGAAAUGUGGAAAAUGUUCAGGGGAUAUUUGCAUGAAGUUCUGCAUGGGUGUUGUGGAUAGUGUGGGGAGCUGUCAGAGGUUACAGCGGGACAUUGAUAGGAUGCAAACCUGGGCUGAGAAGUGGCAGAUGGAGUUCAACCCAGAUAAGUGUGAGGUGGUUAAUUUUGGUAGGUCAAAUAUGAUGGCAGAAUAUAGCAUUAAUGGUAAGACUCUUGACAGUGUGGAGGAUCAGAGAGAUCUUGGGGCUGAGUCCAUAGGACACUCAAAGCUCCUACAUAGAUUGACUGUGUGGUUAAGAAAGGCAUAUGGUGCAUUGGCCUUCAUCAAUCGUGGGAUUGAGUUUAAGAGUCGACAGGUAAUGUUACAGCUAUAUAGGACCCUGGUCAGACCCCACUUGGAGUACUGUGCUCAAUUCUGGUCGCUUCACUACAGGAAGGACAUGGAAACCAUAGAAAGGGUGCAGAAGAGAUUUAUAAGGAUGUUGUCUGGUUUGGGGAGCAUGCCUUAUGAGAAUAGGUUGAGGGAACUCAGCCUUUUCUCCUUGGAGCAAUGGAGGACGAGAGGUGACCUGAUAGAGAUAAUGAGAGGCAUUAAUUGUGUGGACAGUCAGAUGCUUUUUCCCAGGGUUGAAAUGCCUAGCACGAGAGGGCACAGUUUUAAGGUGCUUGGAAUUAGGUACAGAGGAGAUGUCAGGGGGUACGUUUUUUAUGCAGAGAGUGGUGAGUGCGUGGAAUGGGCUGCCAGCGGCGGUGGUGGAGGCAGAUAUGAUCGGGUCUUUUUUGGAUAGGUACAUGGAGCUUAGAAAAAUAGGGGGCUAUGGGUAAGCCUAGGUAGUUCUAAGGUAAGGAAAUGUUCAGCAGGUGGUGCCAGCUGGGGCUAUAACCCCAGCAGAAAUUGCAAUAGCCCCACCAUGGCACCACCAAGAAAUUAACUGCAGCUGCUUUGCUUUCUCUGUAUAGUUUUUGUAACGUUCCGUUAUGUUGGCUCGUAUAUGUCUAGGAGAAAUCUCACCCAGCACCUGCCUCAACACUCUCCACAGGGUCGGUCGCCGCCCGAAUCAAUCCCAAACAUCAAUCAUCAGCCAGCACACCCAGUAAAUUUUAACAGAUGUAUCUCUAAAAGCCUGGCGACUGAAACCAGUUCUGUGGUGUGGCAGGUAGUGCAUCUAUAUGAUCACAUGAUUCUUGAUAUGGAUGCAGUCCUGUCAGACUUUGUUCGGUCCACAGGGGCAGAACCUGGUCUGGCAAGAGAUCUGCUGGAAGGAAAGAAUUGGGAUCUGAGUGCAGCACUGAAUGACUUUGAACAGCUUAGGCAAGUUCACACUGGGAACUUGCCUCGUGUGUUCAAUGAAGGAAGCUUCUGCAAACAACAAGAGAAAGAACAAUCCAAUCAGGUGAAGAAGUGUGAACAGAGACCGGAUGAGAUUGCUCAAGAAAAACGCCUCUCACGGGGAAUUUCUCAUGCAAGUUCAGCUAUUGUGUCCCUGGCUCGUUCACAAGUGGCAAAUGAAUGCAACAGUGAACAGUUUCCUUUAGAGAUGCCCAUUUACACAUUCCAGCUACCUGAUUUAAAUGUCUACAGUGAAGAUUUUCGAAGCUUUAUUGAAAGAGAUUUGAUUGAACAAUCAACGAUGGUCGCCUUGGAACAGGCAGGCCGACUCAAUUGGUGGUCAGUUGUUUGUUCAAGCUGCAAGCGGCUUUUGCCAUUGGCAACAACAGGAGAUGGGAACUGCCUCUUACAUGCAGCUUCUCUAGGCAUGUGGGGUUUCCAUGAUAGAGACCUAAUACUUCGCAAAGCUCUUUAUGCCAUGAUGAAAAAUGGCCCAGAAAGAGAAGCACUGAAGAGGAGAUGGAGGUGGCAGCAAACCCAGCAAAAUAAGGAGUCUGGCUUGGUUUACACUGAAGAGGAGUGGGAACGAGAGUGGAAUGAGCUACUUAAACUUGCUUCCAGUGAGCCUCGAAUACACUGCAGUAAGAAUACAGGCACCUGUGGCGGUGUUGACAAUUCUGAGGAUCCAGUUUAUGAAAGUUUGGAGGAGUUCCAUGUGUUUGUCCUUGCCCACGUGUUGCGAAGACCAAUUGUUGUUGUUGCAGAUACUAUGCUAAGAGACUCGGGAGGUGAAGCAUUUGCACCAAUACCUUUUGGAGGAAUUUACUUGCCUCUGGAAGUACCUCCUAACAGAUGUCAUUGUUCACCUUUAGUCUUAGCCUAUGAUCAGGCCCACUUCUCUGCGCUGGUGUCUAUGGAACAGAAUGAUCAACAAAGGGAACAAGCUGCAAUUCCUUUGACUGAUUCAGAACACAGACUGCUACCCUUGCACUUUGCAACGGAUCCAAAGAAUUGGGAAUGGGGAAAGGAUGAUAAUGACAACACCAAACUGGCUAAUUUGAUCCUCUCCCUGGAAGCGAAGCUUCACCUACUGCACAGCUAUAUGAAUGUAUCCUGGAUUUGUAUUCCUGCUGAAACAAGGGCACCUUUGGCCCAACCAGAAUCACCAACUGCUUCAGCUGGGGAAGACGUCCAUUCCCUAGCUGAUUCGAUGGAGUCAGAUAGAGAUUCUAUCUGCAGCAACUCCAACCUGAAUGGAAACAGAAAUAAGAAAGGAGAAAAACAGAAAAAGGACAAGGAAAAGAAUAGGACAGAUUCUGUUGCAAAUAAGCUUGGGAGCCUUAGUAAAACUCUGGGAAUUAAAAUUAAAAAGAACAUGGGGGGUCUUGGUGGACUGGUGCAUGGAAAGAUCAGUAGAGGAAACACAGGCAAUGGCCGGAAUGGGGAGACUGGAGACAAACUCAAGAAGAAAGAAUCCAACAAAACUCGGAAGGAAAGCAAAGAGGAGUCAUCACAUUCUGCAAGUUCAUCCCCUACUGAUAAAUCAAAUGUCUCUGUUAAAUCUCCAGUGGAGAAACAUUCUGAUCAGUGGAAAUACAGCACUGAUGUCAAACUCAGCCUCAACAUACUGAGAGCUGCUAUGCAAGGCGAGAGGAAAUUCAUUUUUGCUGGUCUUCUGUUAACCAGUCAUAGGCACCAGUUUCAUGAGGAGAUGAUUAAUUAUUACUUGACUACAGCUCAAGAGCGCUUCAACGCAGAGCAAGAACAAAAGCGCAAGGAAGCAGAAAAAAAGUCAUGCAGCAACUCUGUGUGUAAAAAAGAGGAGCAAGAGCCAUCUCAAACCAAGUUAGAACCAAAUUCACAAGAGGACACUCCUCAAGGCUCUUCUCAAAGCCAUAUAGGUCACCUGAGCUCUAAACAGCAGGGAGCUAGUGACCAGGUAUCCAUGAGCACUUCACCUCUGAACAGUGGAACCCCUAAAGCUGGCACUCUCACCUCUGCCCACUUUACCCAUAUGCCAGCUUUGUUGCAGCAUGUCAUCCAUGUAUCUGAUGUGAGAUCUGAGCCAUCAAGUUAUCUAAGUGAUAAUCAGCCACCUGUCAUCAGUUCUCUGAAAACAUGUGCAACUUAUCCACAGCAUAGUCGCUCACUAUCUUAUCAAAGCUAUUGUCCUGUGGGUCUAUCAGGCCUCCCCACUGUGGAAACCAUGGAACCUCUAAAAUGUUUGCUGCCCCCUGAACACAAAAGCCACACAUAUACCAAUGGGUUUGGUUCUGGUGAUAUGAGUGACUAUUUGGAAUAUGCCGAUGAGGACUCUUCCUUUGUGUGGCAGAGUGAAGAAAAUAGCAGAGUGAGAAGUGUGGCAGCUCCGCCUUAUUCCAUACAACAGAACCGAUGCAAACAGCACAACUGCCCCUUCUACGGCCGUCCAGAGACAGAGUUUUACUGCUCCUACUGUUACAAGGAGGAGCUCAAACGCAGGCAGCAAGCGAACAAGUCUGUUUGACUGUGAUGGUUGUAUGCAAAGUUCUGAAUUAACAAACUCUGUCAUAACAAAUAUUUUGAUGAGCAAUUUGCUAAAUGUAAAUCAACCAGGAUCAGGGGUUCGUUCCAUUUUGAGAGUCUUGGAGCUGCACUGCAGUUGGAUCGAUUGGAACAUCUGUGCCUCCAGGACUGAAACUCCAGACCCAAAUUCCAGCCCACUAUCCAGGGCAGGAGAAGACCUUUUCUGUUACUUCUUCAUGGACUGUUACCAAAUAGUUGAUUAUAUUCCUACGUGUAUGUUUUUUUAAUUAAUCUAUUGCAAAAUUAAUUCCAGUGAUAAUUUGCACAUUAAUUACAACUGUAAAGGUGAAAUAUAGCAGAAAGUAACCAAUUAUUUAUGUGUUUGUGAACUAGAAAAUCAUUAUGAUGGAACUUUACAAGCAAAAGUUUAAAAAUUGUAAUAUAGAAAUUAUUUUUAUAUUAUUUUCACAGAUGUGCUGCAAAGCAAUAUUUUGCGCUUUUUAUUAAAAGACAAUUGCCACUUUAAUAGAUUAUUAAAUUGCUGAAACUAUUUAGAGGCAUACAGUAGAGCAUUAUGAUGUAUGUUUAUGAGCUCUAGUGAGCUUGGGAGUGGCUUGAGUGUUCACAGAUUUUGAUACUUAGUAAACAUGCAACUUUGUUUGGGGAAAGCAGUUUUCCCAAAGCUGAUUUUCAGUAUUUAAAUAAUAGCCUCAAUCCGGUGUUGUGCUGUAAAGCAUCUGUUAUAUUUAUUUUGCUGUUUCAGCUUAGAAUAUCUCAAAAAGAAAGCCACACAUCUCCUGUCUGUAAAAAGUACUUACUAGUACAGAUGCAAAGCAAUGGAAAAGAGAAAGAAAGCCAGUAACCCGGGUUCUUUUGACCUAAAUCCAGAACCCUAGAUUCACUUGUCUAGUGAUUGUUAAAAGUUCACAACCAGACACAACUGGCUAUAUUUGUCUUUUCAUCUACUUAACCGUGAGUAUUAGACAGUGACCUUAAAGGGUCUGACUAGACUAGUAGCUGAAUAUCACCACACUGCUUCAGAUCCAGAUGACCUGUAAAUUAUGCCAAGGGAGUAUUUACUAGUUUAUUUAAUAAUGUAAGGCAGACUAUUUCUGUGUGGCUUUUAUUUUUAAUAUUUUUUGUCUUUUGCUUUAAUAUGAACUGAAACUGUGGAAAUAUUUUGUUCAAUACUGAUUCUUAGCACUAUGCACACAAUGACAAGCAAAAAUGAUGGGAUGGGGUUUACUUUUGGCUUCCCCCACUCCCCAAUGCCACUUUCCUCUCCCUGCAACCUUAAGUGGUUUUACAGGCAGUGCAAUUUUCUCCUUUGGCAGUGUCCUGCCCAAGGUCAGUGCUGUCUAUUUAAUUAACCAAAACAUAUAGCGAGGAAUGCAAAUAGAGUGAACUUGCACAAAUACUUUGAUUCCUGUGUUAUGUUUGCUAUUUAUGUUAUCUGGCAGCUUUGCUGCCCCAAGCUUUUGUUCACACUCUUACAGACUCUUACAAUGUGAGGGAAGCUACCCAUUUCUAAUCCACUCUGGCUCAGUAUGUACCCCAGAGGUGUAAGGAAUUACUCAAGGAAAAUGCAAGUGAGUUUAAAAUGCUAACCUUCUUCAUUAAAACUCUCCUUCCAUUGGGCAUGGGAGGAAGGUGGUCAUGGAAUCGUCCAUUGAAUCAUCUUCUAUGGAAAUUGAAGUAAAGUUUAUAUUUACUGGAUAUUGUGAACUUUCAGGGCAGGCAUGGGUUCACUAAACCUUCAAAGGACAAAAUAAUUAUUUUUCGUGUUGGAUUUCUCAACAAGAAAUAAAUUUUGAUGUGGCUAAGAAUUUAGUAAAAUGAUAAAAGUGUUUUGACCUAUAGAGAAUAAUAGUGAGUUCAAGAAACUUGAUAAGGUCCUUUGAAAUAUUGAACAGUGUAGUAGCUUUUGCUUAACUUGGGUAAGUUGCCCUGAAAUUUUUUUCUACAGUAUCUAUGAUCAUCCCAAGAUUUUCAAAUGGUUUGGAGCUUGAGAUUUUCAAGAAACUAUUGAAGCCUAAUGCCAAACCUGAUCGCUGGCAUGAAAGUCAUAUAUUAAAUAAUGGAUUGAAGCUCAUGUAUAGGAUGCGAUCAGAUAGUAUGUUCAAUGUGUAACACAUUACCUUUCUUGAUUGAUCAUAAUAUUAUGCAUUGUUUUAAAUGUUUGUCGCCCAACUUGCACUGAAAAAUUAAAACCUAA